GCCAUGAAGCCGCUGCCGCUCACGGCUUUGGUCGUCACUUUACUGGCGGCGGUGAGUGUAGCGGAAGAUGUGUCUUCAAUUGAUGUCAGCAAUAUGGUGAGCCUAACAACGGAGAAGCCCACAGGCCCGGAGAAAAUGCCUGGCGAGUGGGUGGAGCGCACUAUGUGGAAGAUGCGCUGGGUGCGCGAGUGGCGCCAGAAGAUGAUCUGGGUGCCAGUCUGGAAGAAGGUGUGGGGGCCGAUGCACAUCCGCGAGUGGGUGCCCAUGCCGCGCGCGCCGCCGCAGAUGGCCGUCUCCUGGAAGCAGCUGCACAACGUCAACGCCGAAGACGCCGAGGUCGGCGACAACGCCGUCUACGACCAGCAGCCGCAGCAGCAGCAGCAGGUGCCGACCAAGAGGUCUCUACCCAGGCCCGUACUCGUCGCCAGGACCGGCAAGUGAGGGCCGCCUGUCUUUCCCCCACCUGCUGUCUCCUCGCCAGCAGUUUCUCGUAUCCUGCACUGGUGAACUGUUCGUGCUGGAAGAUUAGUUCCUCGUGGAAAGAAUUUGUCGGUAGCAUCGUGCACUAUCGGACUACUGUGUUGGUGUUCAGCUGAUUUGCAAUGGACCUCCCGUUUACUGGUACAGCUGACUCGAAACUGAGAAAAGAAGUUUUAUUAUUGACUACGUUCCUUCGAUGGGGUGCCACAAGUUUAAGGUUGCAGUUCGUUGAAAAGUAAAAUGUGUUUAGAAACAGCAUAUAGUUUAUCACUUAAUUGCUGUCACACUCUCCUAUU